CUACCAGCCCUGGCCAGAAGUUCUAAUGGAUUCGACGACGGCUACAGCAGAGCUGGGUUGGACCAUCUACCCGUCCCAGGGGUGGGAAGAAGUCAGCGGCUACGAUGAGAACAUGAACACCAUUCGAACCUACCAGGUAUGCAACGUCUUCGACAACAGCCAGAACAACUGGAUACGCACCAAGUACAUCCGUCGCCGAGGUGCUCAGCGCAUUCAUGUCCAGAUGAAGUUUUCCGUGCGCGACUGCAGUUCCAUACCCAACGUCCCUGGAUCCUGCAAGGAGACCUUCAACCUGUAUUACUAUGAGUCCGACUCGGAUGGGGCCACCAAGUCGUCCCCAGCCUGGAUGGAGAACCCUUGGGUGAAAGUGGACACAAUAGCAGCUGACGAAAGCUUCUCUCAGGUCGACCUCGGCGGACGCAUAAUGAAGAUCAACAGUGAAGUUCGAAGUUUCGGACCCGUUUCACGUAAUGGCUUCUACCUCGCUUUCCAGGAUUAUGGGGCGUGCAUGUCUCUAAUCGCUGUUAGAGUCUUCUACAGAAAAUGUCCUGGUGUGGUCCAGAAUGGUGCUGUCUUUCCCGAGACUCUGUCAGGAGCAGAGAGCACCUCUCUGGUGGCAGCCAGGGGGGUAUGUGUUCCCAACGGGGAGGAAGUGGAUGUACCAAUAAAGCUGUACUGCAAUGGGGAUGGGGAGUGGAUGGUCCCCAUUGGGCGCUGCAUGUGCAAAGCCGGGUACGAGGCGUUGGAGAAUGGGACAGUCUGCAAAGCAUGUAUGUCAGGCUUCUUCAAAGCAGCACAAGGAGACCACACAUGUCUGCAGUGUCCCAUUAACAGCCGAACCAUCAGCGAGGGAGCAACUAACUGCGUCUGUCGUAACGGCUACUACCGCACUGACUCUGACCCUCCACAGAUGCCCUGUACCACUGUUCCAUCUGCUCCACAAAACGUCAUCUCCAUUGUGAAUGAGACUUCUCUGAGGCUGGAGUGGAGCCCGCCUCAGGAAGGUGGUGGCCGGGAAGACGUGGUCUACAACAUCAUAUGUAAAAGCUGCGGCAGCGGACGUGGCAGCUGCACCCGCUGUGGAGACAACGUGCAGUUUGUUCCACGGCAGCUGGGACUGACGGAUACCCGCGUCCACGUUAGCGACCUGCUAGCUCACACCCGCUACACCUUCGAAAUACAAGCCGUUAAUGGUGUGUCUGACCAGAGUCCCUAUUCACCACAGUACACAUCUGUCAACAUCACCACCAACCAGGCCGCACCAUCUCCAGUGUCCAUCAUCCACCAGGUUAGCAGGACUCCCAACAGCAUCACGCUGUCCUGGUCUCAGCCGGAUCAGCCCAACGGUGUCAUUCUGGACUAUGAACUGCAGUACUUUGAAAAGAACCAGGCUGAAUGGAACUCGUCUCUAACAAGGAGUCAAACCAACACCGCGGUCAUACGAGGCUUAAAACCCGGCACCAUCUACGUCUUCCAGGUUCGGGCUCGGACUGUCGCUGGAUUCGGACGUUUCAGCGGCAAAAUGUACUUCCAAACCAUGACUCACGAGGAGUAUAACUCCAGCAUCCAGGAGAAGCUCCCCCUUAUUAUCGGCUCGUCUGCUGCAGGAGUCGUCUUCAUCAUCGCCAUCACCGUCGUCAUUAUUGUUUGUCGCAGCAGGAGAGGUUCAGACAGGCCAGAGUCGGAGUACACAGACAAACUCCAACAUUACACCAGUGGUCACAUGUCGCCAGGAAUGAAGAUCUACAUCGAUCCCUUCACGUAUGAAGAUCCAAAUGAAGCCGUCAGAGAGUUUGCUAAAGAGAUCGACAUUUCCUGUGUGAAGAUCGAACAAGUGAUCGGUGCAGGUGAGUUUGGGGAAGUAUGCAGUGGAAACCUCAGGCAGCCGGGGAAGAGAGAGAUACUGGUCGCCAUUAAGACGCUGAAAGCAGGCUACACGGAGCGCCAGAGGCGAGACUUCCUGAGUGAGGCAUCCAUCAUGGGCCAGUUUGACCACCCUAACAUCAUCCAUCUGGAGGGUGUUGUGACCAAGAGCAGCCCUGUGAUGAUCAUUACAGAGUUCAUGGAAAAUGGAUCGCUUGACUCCUUUCUCAGGCAAAACGACGGGCAGUUCACUGUGAUCCAGCUGGUGGGGAUGCUGCGGGGCAUUGCAGCAGGAAUGAAAUACCUUUGUGACAUGAACUAUGUCCAUCGAGACCUGGCGGCGAGGAACAUCCUUGUCAACAGCAACCUGGUGUGUAAAGUGUCUGACUUCGGCCUGUCACGCUUCCUUGAGGACGAUACCUCAGACCCCACCUACACAAGUGCUCUGGGAGGAAAGAUUCCCAUCCGGUGGACGGCUCCAGAGGCCAUCCAGUACAGGAAGUUCACCUCAUCCAGUGACUGCUGGAGUUAUGGCAUCGUCAUGUGGGAGGUGAUGUCAUACGGAGAAAGGCCCUACUGGGACAUGAGUAAUCAAGAUGUUAUCAAUGCCAUAGAGCAGGACUACAGGUUGCCGCCCCCUAUGGACUGUCCUAGUGCACUGCAUCAGCUGAUGCUCGACUGCUGGCAGAAAGACCGCAACAACCGGCCCAAAUUCAGCCAGAUUGUCAGCACCCUGGACAAGAUGAUCCGCAACCCCAACAGCCUGAAAGCCAUGACCCCACAGUCAUCGAGCGUUCACUUACCUCUGCUGGACCGAAGUACUCCAGACUUCUCCUCUUUUAGCACGGUGGACGACUGGCUGGAUGCCAUCAAGAUGGGCCAGUACAAGGAGAACUUCACCAACGAAGGCUUCACCACCUUCGACGUGGUGUCUCAAAUGACCAUGGAGGACAUCCUUCGGGUGGGAGUGACGCUGGCAGGCCACCAGAAGAAAAUCAUGAACAGCAUCCAGUCCAUGAGGGCACAGAUGAACCAGAUCACCUCGGUGGAGGUGUGAACCCACACACCGGAGGUACACAGGCUCUGUUCGCUGUAGGAGGCCAAGCAGCCAACAACCCUGCUUUCUCCUGAACUUCUGAGGAAGGCUGAUGACUUGCACAGAGACUUUGACUUCAAUCCGACCUCAGGUUCAUCCUCCCUCCAAACUCUCCCCACAGGGUUCCAUCAGCCUGCCGUACAGCACAUGCUAGUUUUUCUUGCCGCUGCUGUAUGUCCAGGUAACAGAAACGAUCCUAACUGAUCAUAACUGUCUGAAUCCAGUCCUGGGACGGCUCAGUCCAUGUCCACUACCACCAGGUUAAACCGCUCAGUGAGAAAUAAUAUUCCAAGGCUGGCCUUGUACUUUAAAUACUGUGAAAAGUAAAUAUUUAAUAUCACAAUGAAAAUGACGAAAAACAGAAAAAAACUAUAGAAUUCUGCUGAAUUCGUUCUUCCACUUUCAUUUAUUUCCAGAUGCCACAUGUCCAUCACACACUGAUGUUUUCUGUUGUUUUUCAUCCCUAAAAUUAUAUCAGAAAAUCACUUUGGUGCCAGAUCAGCUGCAUUUUGUAACCCCCUCCUGCACCGAAUCAAACUUUAUUUAAAAAGCACUUUCAAACAAAAACAGUGCAAAGUGCUGCUUUAAAAACAACCACCUGCAGACUAGUUUGGAGAUCACAGCUCAGCAGAUCCUGGUGGUUCUACCAGACCUCCUUUACUGUAUCGUGACCUGGAGACUUGAUCCUGAUGAGGUUUUUUUGAGGUUGCUACCUUUUGUCGGGGGCAUAUUGUUGCCAUGGGGGUCAUGCUGGUUCUGUUGUUGGGAGAUUGUGUCGGGUUUUCCUCUACAAUGACCGAGGCUCCCUACCAACCCUAACGAUGGCCUUGUGUCAGCGGUAUUAACUGUUGAGGGGAAGCAACCUGCAGGUCUGUAAGAAAAUAUGAAGCUUCAUAACCACAAAGUUUACCAUCAGAACAUAGAGCCUCAUUCACCAAAAUCUUCCUAUGGAUCUUCCUAAAUUUGUUCUUAAGAUGUUUGU